CGCUAUCAUCUUAACACCAGUCAGCGACAGGCACCACGAAGUAGAAUCGGGGAAAGAGGAAGUACUGAGUGUUCAUUUGUUUUGUUUCCAUCUAGUUGCUGAGAUCAGGCCUCGACAGGUUUGUGAGUGAACACCGAUUGGAGACAGCAUGAAUCUGGAGCGUCUACCAAACGAGGAGAAACUUGGCCUCUGCAGGAAAUAUUAUUUAGGUGGAUUUGCUUUUCUGCCAUUUCUCUGGCUUGUAAAUGUGGUGUGGUUUUUCAAAGAGGCCUUUGUAAAACCUGCCUACACGGAGCAACUCCAGAUAAAGAGUUAUGUGAAGCGCUCGGCACUGGGAGUGCUCCUGUGGGUAGCGGUUCUCACCACAUGGAUCACCAUUUACCAACACUACAGGGCAGAGUGGGGCGCAACAGGAGACUACAUAUCGUUUACAAUCCCACUUGGUAUUCCAUGAGGCUGUGUUCCUGAUUCCAUUGUAGAUAUUUUGUCUUCUCUUCCUUUAAACAUGAUAUUGCUAGAAUGUUUCUUGAAUCCUGGAACAGUUACAUGUUCAUGUUGUUUUAAGAAUGUUGUUCAGCCUUGUAUGUUAUGAGUUGAGCAAUUAAAUUGGCAGAUGAUCUACUGUUUUUGCUUUUAAAUGAGUGACAUUUUCUACCAAAUUGUUCUUUUGAUUAUGGAUUCUGUUGUCAAUGGGUGAUUAAAAGAACGAUUGUGAAACAA